AUGAAGAGACGCUACGGCUCAGUGUUGAUCGAGAACACCGACAUCGAAUGGAUUGUUACCGUCCCUGCAAUUUGGUCUGAUACGGCCAAGGAUGCCACUCUCAAAGCUGCACAGAUGGCAGGACUUGGCAGAUCGUCCAAGUUGUCCUUGGUCACUGAGCCCGAAGCUGCCGCCAUCUACGCUUUCAAGGUUCUUGAAGACUUCAAUCUCAGAGUUGGUGACCACCACAUUAUCUGUGACUGCGGAGGUGGUAUGUAUGCCAGAAUGAGCACAAACCGGCCACUCAAAUUUCUCCAACACGACAAUCGUGGCAGUGUACCAUUUCUCAUACAAGAAAUAUGCUGA